AUGGCGGAUGAGGAGCAGCCAUCAUUGGCGUGGUGUGAAGUGGCGGCAGCUUUGUGUUGUUAUCGUUUCUGGAUUUGUAAUGCAUUUGUGGUUAGCCUGGCUUUGGCAGACCUGGUGGUGGCCUUGUAUCCGUAUCCACUGGUGCUCUUGGCCAUUUUCCACAAUGGAUGGUCUUUGGGUGAAAUGCACUGUAAGCUGAGUGGCUUUGUGAUGGGACUAAGUGUAAUAGGCUCCAUCUUCAACAUUGCUGCAAUUGCAAUAAACAGAUACUGCUACAUAUGCCAUAGCUUUGCUUAUGACAAAGUGUAUACCUGUUGGAACACAAUGCUAUAUGUUUGCCUAAUUUGGGUGUUAACAGUUGUUGCAACUGUGCCAAAUUUUUUCAUUGGAUCUUUAGAGUAUGAUCCACGCAUUUAUUCUUGCACAUUUGUUCAGACUGCUAGUUCCUAUUACACCAUUGCUGUUGUCAUAAUUCAUUUCAUAGUUCCUAUCACUAUUGUGAGCUUCUGCUACUUUCGGAUUUGGAUCUUAGUGAUUCAAGUAAGAAGAAGAGUCAAAUCAGAAACAAAACCAAGACUCAAGCCAAGUGACUUCAGAAACUUUCUCACCAUGUUUGUGGUUUUUGUGAUCUUUGCCUUUUGUUGGGCACCACUGAAUUUCAUUGGACUAGCUGUAGCUAUUAAUCCUUUGGAAAUGGCACCAAAAAUUCCUGAGUGGUUGUUUGUUGUAAGCUAUUUCAUGGCCUACUUCAACAGUUGCCUUAAUGCAAUAAUAUACGGACUUCUUAACCAGAAUUUUCGGAAAGAAUAUAAAAGAAUCCUAAUGUCACUGUGGAUGCCAAGGCUCUUCUUUCAGGACACAUCCAAAGGAGGGACUGAAGGUCAGAAGAGCAAGCCUUCUCCUGCUUUAAACAACAAUGACCAAAUCAAAACUGAUACCUUGUAAAUGUGUUAUGGUGAAUGCAAAGGAGUGCCACUGAGCACUCCAAUGAUAUAGUUAUAAGAUUACAAUCAUUCUUGCUAAUGUUCUUUGCUUUCGAUUUGAAUGGUAUAUAGUGACUGUGAUCCUGUCAUCUUGAUAAAACACUGUUCUAAACUCAUAAUUUAUACAAGAUACCAAUUUGAAAUCAGCUUCAGAAUUAAAGUAGAACAUGGAUGCCAGCUGCUUUAUUUCUGAGAGACUAACCCUGUCCUCCAAAUGUGGAUGAGGCACUUACUGACUUCAGUGGGAGUCAUGCACUUUUAUCCAAGGUCAGAAUUUGGCUCUGAGAAAACAUAAUGAAUGCAUUUGCUUAGAGAUCUAGUAGUUAAAGCUGAGGGCAAUUUUUCCUAUCAUGUCUGUACAUGGAGUUGAUGUAGAUAUUUUGCUUAUCCUCUGUAUGUCAAACUUGGCAUUUCUGAGCAUGUACUGAUAGAGAAACAAAUUUUCCUUGUGUACUAUAGAGGAGAACUUUGUCUUACCAGAGAAUUUUAACACUAAUGCCUUUCCUGACAGGGAUUUUCAUAUAUUUCCACCUCAUUUUAUUUAUUCUAUUUGUGUUCUGUAUAUGUUAUUGCUCUCUUUUUUUCUUUGGGAUGAUACAAUGUAAUUAGUCAAUUGUUUACAUGUUUAUAGUAGUUUUGAGGAUUCUUCUUCUAAUAUGUGCUCAGAAUUCCCAUUAGUACUAGGUAGAGUUGUGUGUAUACUGAAAGGCAAUAGGCAUAAAAUAUCUGUACAGAAAUAGUAGAUAUAAAAUGUAUAAAUCUUGCCUUCUUAAUUUUAUAUAUAAUAUAUAUAAGUCAUGUGAGAGCUGCAGGCUCCAAAAAUAUAUGUAACAAUGAAUUCCAAACAGAAUUGGGUAAAAUGAAGGGGAGUCACUAACAGUGUCACUUUUCAAAAGUGCUCAGCAUUGACCUAACUCUCAGUGGAGGCAGCAUCUAACCAAUAUUGAACACUUUUGAGAAAACCUCAUCUUAGAUAUUUAAAUGUUUCCUGUAUAUGGAGCAGAUGUGGUUGCUUGCAAGGGUGCCAUUUUGGGAGGACAGGAGGGGGAAAUGCCUGUGCAAACCAGGACACUGCUUGCUUUUCUUCCCGUUGCCCUGGCUAUCAGUGAGCUAGGGGAAAGUACAUGGCUUCAGUGCAUGCUGGUGAAGGGAAGGGGCAGGAGGAUUCACAAAAUCCAUGUACUUUCUCCUUGCUCUCUGAUAGUCAGGUGAAUGGAAAGAAAAGCAUGCAGUGUCCUGGUAUGCACAGGCAUUUCCCCCAAAAUGGCACCUUGGUACUCAUGACUACUGCUGUCCCAUCCGCCAUCCUCCUGCCAGUGUUCCCUCUAAGCUGUGUGGCAGCACAGCUUCACAGGUGAUUUAUCAGCCCUGUCCAGUCAGAGGCUCAGGGCUCUAUGCACAAAUCUGACUGACUGUGCAGGGCUGAUAAAUCACCUGUGAAGCUGUGCUGCUGUGCAGCUUAGAAGGAACACGCCCCACCCCCGCACUCCUGGCCCCCCUUCAACCUCCCAAAAUGGCACCCUUGGUUGCGUGUUUCAGUUGUUGUUUUUGCUCUACAAAUAUCAGUAUGAGGUUCCGUCAGAGGUCUCUUAGUGUUAUUCUACCUCAGAUAUGCACAGUUUAUGAGAUAAAGGGGAAGUUUUUUUGACCAGCUCUGCAAACUCAGACUAGGGGUCUGAAAUUCAAGUUGGGUUCAUUACUUUGCAAGUUUCACCUCCUCUAACAGCAAACAUGCAGGCCAAAUUACAAAAUUGGUUACACUUUCACAGUUUUGCUAUAGCCUACAUAAAUUGACAUGUAUCAUCUUUAUUACUACAGUAGCUAUGCUAAGUGAGAAGGAAGGAAGUCAACUUGCCUUUUAACACUCCAGGUUGGGUUUACUGGGCUGGCCAUUAAAAAAAACGUUAAAAACUUGUGCACUGAGCAACUUAGAUAUGGAGUCAUUAAAACACAUUAAAUAUGGAACCCUAUUUUCAGAGACAAAUACAAAUAACAAACACACUUUAAUGGUUUUUAUUGUCUGCCAUCCUAUCUAUUUAAAGUCAAAACUGUAUGGCAAAGUGACAUAUCUGAUGAUUUUCUAAGCUUCUGCCACUAUUUCCUAGUAUUGCUAAUGUGCUCUCAAGCACUCGAUCCUAUUUGGCAUGUAUACUGCUUUGAUGAAAACUAAGUGGACAGAGAUCUUGGAGAGAUCUAACCAUUUUCUGUAGGAUGGUAAAAGAGAGGUACACUCAGUGACCACUCACGGAUUUAAACUGGACAAAUGUAUCCCAAUGUUGUCUAUAAAUUAAUUUAACUAUUAGUAAGUAUCCUUAAAACAUACUUUGAAAUGACGCUCUAAAACUUGCACCCUGGAUUUUUCCAUACCAAGAUCCUGAAUAUAGAAUUGUUGUGUGUGUGUAGGUCUCUUCCUGUGUGUGUGUGUGUAACAUCCAUCAAAGUCUAAGGGAAAUCAGUGAGUGCUCAGGGAAUUCAGGAGUGACACUAAAUUUGCUCAUUUCACAACAUUAUUGAUUCAGACUUUUUGUCCUGAAAAGUCAGCUUAGAACUUGAAAGUCAAGCUAAUGUUAAGAAUAAUUCAGAGGGAGCUCAGUUUAUCAUUUGAUGAUGCAUGAGCUAAAAUAACAUGCAGUUCACAUUGCUGUGUUAACUCUGCAGAACUAAAUGAAAAAUAAUAAUAUUUUUCUUAAUCAAAUAAGCAAAUAUCCUAUAUGUUCAUUGGAAGCAGAUGUGAAAAGGACUUUGACAUUUUUACAGAGUACUUUUUCUAAUUACAUUUGCACUUUCAAAAUUAGAGGUCAAAUUUUGGAUUUAUUACUCACAUUGGUAAGCACAUACAUCAGAGAUCCCAAAUUAAACUAACGAGGCUAUUCAUGUUCAUUACUACUUACUAAGAUAUAUAUGGAUUCCAAAAUCUUCAUUGCAACUGGCUAAAAGAGGUCUGAACAAAUGCUUUAUCCUAAGGUACAGAUUCUGCCAUCCUUACUCUCAUUUAGUACCUUGUUACCUUACUCCUCACGGCACCUAGAUGAAAUCAGUGAGGCUAUUUGCAGCACAAGGUACUCUUAUUCUUGAGUACUUUUGCAGUGAUGGUAAGCAAAACAAGUUUUUAUAUAGUAUGUUAUCACACAACUGUUAAUUUUAAUUUAAACCUGAAAUCAAUUAAAUAAUCCAAUUAAACUAGAUGACUAACACAGUUCUUCCAUAGUAAACUCUCUCUUCAUUUAGCAAUACAGGCAGUCCCCGGGUUACGUACAAGAUAGGGACUGUAGGUUUGUUCUUA